CUGGAGAAAAAUUUAAUAAUGGCACCAGUUUCUCGCUGUAGAACGCCGGCAGACGUUAGGACACUGGGUGAAUAUGUAAUCGGUUGCAUAAUUGACACGGAGACGCGACUAACUCGUGCUUUAUCGGGCCUGUCUACUGAAUGCCGCCACCUUGAUCCCGUUAAUUUGAAUUAUUUUAUUUAUUUGGCGUGAUGGCGUGGAUAUGGAUUGCGUUACUGUUGGUUUCCACCGCCGGUGCAGGACUGGCUGAUACGAUAACGUGUUAUAACUGCAACGGUACGGUGGAGCAAGCCGGCACAGCCGGAACUGCCUGCGGCUGGUACAAAGGCUGGACGUCGUCCAAUCUGGACAAGCGGACCGGCGUCAUUUGUCCCGAUGGAAUCUGCUACACUCUCAUGAUUGGAGGCACUGGUCAAGUGGCGACUAUAUACCGCGGCUGUGGCCAGGUGACCUGCGAUAAGCUGCCGCGCGGCUGGGAGAAACAGGAAGCUGUUUGUGAUAGCGCUACGAACAAGGUCAAGCCGCCGCCCGCCAACGAGAAACUGAACGACAUCCGCCUGUUCCAAGCCAGCCUGCCCGGCAAUGUCAGCGUCACCAACCUGCAGUACUGUGACACGGACUGGUGCGGGACGGGCGGCGAGCAGAUUGUCCAGCGCUACACCACAGCGCUAGCGGCCGCCGCCGCGCCACCGGCGACACCAGCGCCGCCACCCCCUCCAGCCGUGGUCCCAGUGGUGGUGCCGCCACCAACCAAUGUCGUUACCACCAAUAACGUCGCCGGGACAGGGGACCAGGCGGGGACGUCGAAUCAGCCGGCGAAUGGGGCCGUCGUGGUACCGGUUAUAACGAACGGCGGUGGGCAGACACCCGCGCCGGUGGAUACCUCCAAAGUGGCCGCCGGGAACGCGGUCAGUGCGGGAGCCGUCUCCACGGGAACGGAUAAUAAUCAGCCGGCUGCCGGUGGCGUCGUGAUCCGACCAGGCACAAUGCUCAACAGUUGUCUGCAGUGCCGCAGUCAAGCUAACGACAUUUGUGGAUUGCGCGGCUCGGAUCUGCUGGGAUCCGUGCGGACCGUCAACUGCAAUGCCGGGUUCUGUUUCAUUUUCGUCAGGGCCGAAGCCGGUCAGCCGGCCGGCCAUGGUGACGCGCGGCUGUGGCCCGCUGCCGUGUUCGUUGAUCCCGGGCGCCAACGGUGACAGUCGCCUCUGUGAUGAAUACGGCCGCGUACCGCCCAUCGACGCCAACAACGGAUUGUUCAACCAGACGCGCUCCUACUACGUGCCUUUUGGCCCGGGUCAGGGCCUGCAAGCCGGCACCCUGCAGUACUGCGACAGCGGGUCCAACU